AUGAUGGAGCAGAACAUGUUAAUUCUAGUGUUUAACAUGCUGCCUACCUCAGUUCAGUCCCGACUUCCGGCUCUCCAGUCACUCCGCCGAUCUACAAGUCGUCCCGUCUUACACCCUCAACAGCGUCCCCUAACAUCUCAGGAUAAUCUAGAGCCCGUGGUCAUCACGAGGAGAGACGAGGAUGCAAUUGUCGGGUUGCAAGCAUGCGCCACAGCAGCAGCAGGCGUUGCUAACAGCAGACUUAUAGAGGACAAACCAAGGCCAUCCGUUCCCGACAGCCGCGUUAUGAAUCUAAGUUCCGGUGUAGAUUGGAGGUAUGCUAGGCAAGGUGCUUUUUUGCAGCAAUCGGCGUCCCAGGAAACGGCGGACCUAACCUUCGCGAGAAAGUCGUAUAUCGAUAGUGUGGCGUAUAUGAUCAAGGCACUCCCGGACGACAUGGACGACGACGAAGCUAGCAUCAUCCGCCGAGCGUUACCAAAAUCGUGCUUGCAGAUAGACAUGAACGACCAGAUCGAGGGCGGGUUAGGUAGACCCGGGUGGCGACCAUCCGAUAGAGCGAAGACGUUUCUACACUCAGCUGUUCAGGGAUUCGUUACGGGCCUUGUUAUCUUUGUUUGGCUACUCUUGUCCUUCUUCGCAGUUGCCAUCCGCGCCGGAGCAUACUACGAGCGCCAGUACAACAUCUCGCAGCACAUCAUUUCUAAGAGUUUCAUUUUUGCUAGUACCGUCGGGAAGCAGAGCGGAGUCUUGAGUGAGAAGAUCCGCGAGAGAGAUGCCAAGGUCCAACAGUACCGCCAUUGCCCUCGCAAGUACUCGUCUGCUGACACAGUAUAUCUAGUUUCCGCCAUGAGUGAAGGUAAACUCGGGAAGGCAAUGUCUGAACUUGCUGCCUGGACUAUAGAGAGCGUUGCUGGAGGAGUCCAUGAUGGCAUUGGACAGGGUCUGCAAUUGAUUGAGCAGAGGCAGAAAUGA